AAAUGAAAAAAAAUCCUUGAAUCUUUCCUGUGCAGAUUGUAAUUUCAAUUGUUAUUGUUAUUAAUAUAUUGUCGGGGGAUUCGGAUCUGUGGAUUAAUGCCUGUGAAAAUUGUGUAACUUCAGGGAAAAUUCAUUUAUUCGGUACUUCGGGGAUUGAAGAUGAAACGAAGACGGAGGUGACUCGAUUGAAUAAAUGUGACUGUGGGAAAUAAACAAGUGAUUGUUCUUGGAUUUUGUUGGAACAAUUGGGAUUUAGACAAUGGAAAGGUACCGGUGGAACAGUUCUUGUUGGUCUGUCGUGUGAAUUGUUCGUGAGAUAUUUAUUUUAAUAAGAAAGUAUUGUUUUUGGUGGGAGCUUGAGAAAAUGGGGAGCAGAAUGGAAUUUGUGGAAAUUAUCGGGAUUUUAUUCAUGGUUUGUCUUCUGGCGGAACAGGGAACCGCCACUGAGUCUCUGCAAGAACCGCGUUUUGUCACGCAACCAUCGGGCGUCAGCAAUAUCCUGAUAGAAAGUCGUACCAAGAUUUUGCAAUGUCAAGCUCGAGGCUACCCCCAACCGAAGUACCGGUGGUUCAAGGAUGGGGUUGCCCUGAGCAACGAGUUGACGUCGGAGCCCUUCUGGAGGAUUCAGAGCCCAAAGAGAAAAGACGCUGGUGUGUACUACUGCGUCGCCACCAACGAUGUCGGCUCAGUUUUCAGUGAGCGUGUCAAAUUCUCGGUUGCUUACAUGGGAAUAUUUGAGGAUCCCCUGGAGAAGCUCGUGGAUGUGGAAUUCGGUGGGGCUGCUAUCCUGGAGCUACCGGAGAUUGAGAGCCAUCCACCACCCGAUGUCACAUGGUCAACACCAGAUGGUCCCAUUCCUUAUGACAUCAAGUACGCCGUCAGUGAGAAUAAAUUACUGAUUCUCAAUGCCAAUGACAGGGACGAGGGAUCCUACAGGGCACGAGCACUCAAUACGUACAUCGGUAAGGAGGAGUACUCACCAUUUUUUAAGCUCAAGGUCGAUGGAGAUAGCACGCUGGAGGUACCUCCUACUAUUAUCAUUCAACCGAGGGACACCAAGAUCAUCAAGGAUCAGUCUGUCAGCAAUUUGGACUGCAUUGCUAAUGCUAGAUCUCUUCAUGAACUCAGGACACUCUGGACCAAGGAUGGAAUACCUAUUGAGAACGCCAGGAUAUCCUUCAGCUUUCGGGAUCUGUGGAAUAGAACACUUGAACUUAUUUCUGCUAAUUCAACUUAUAGGGGCGUUUACACUUGUCAUGUUGAGAUGAGGAGUGGGGGAUUUCCUGUUAUCAAUUCCAGUGCUAGUGUUGAUGUCCUUGAGAAACCGACUUUUGUCAGUGAACUUAAGAGAGAGACGCAUGGGGAAUAUGGAUCUCAGGUCAGGAUUCCCUGUGAUGUCCUGGGGGUACCAACUCCUAAGAUCGAGUGGUUUCAUAAUGCUCAGCCUGUUGGAGGCACUAGAUUUCACGUCGAUGAUGACGGAUCACUCGUGAUAAAACGUCUGACGAUGGAUUACGCGGGGAUGUUCCAGUGUCUGGCCUCCAAUGAAGCUGGCGAGGCAUCCAGUUAUACUUGGCUCAAGGUCAAAACCUCGACUCCAAUCCUGGAGACGAGUCCUCGAAACCUAACCGUCCUCGACGGCAAGGACGCCACGCUCACCUGCAGAGCAGUGGGUGCACCAAUUCCCAACACCACCUGGAUCUUCAACGAUACGAUACCAGUGGAGAUCGCAGGUCGUGUGCAGCUCCUGGAGUCUGGAGACCUCUCGAUAUCCCCAGUGAAGGUGAAUGACGCUGGUAAAUACACAUGCAUCCGUUCAAACGACGCAGGAACGGUCAACGGUUCUGGCUACCUGUCGAUCCACGUGAGAACUCAGAUAAUCCGUCCACCAAGUGACACAUCAGUCCUUCUAGGACACACAGCAGAGCUCCAGUGUCGAGUGUCGAACGAUCCAAACGUUCCCUUCGACAUCGACUGGUUUCAUAAUUCUCAAUUGAUGAAUCUGAGGGCAAGUCCCAGGGUCAAGAUGAGAGACGAUGGAGCUCUGGAGAUUGUUGCUGUCAGGGCGUCUGACGUAGGGGAGUACACGUGCUCUGUUAUUUCACCUGGUGGUAAUGAAACACGAAGUGCUAGACUCAGUGUCAUUGAGCUGCCAUUUGCACCGAUCAAUGUCAUCGCUGAGAGGAAUGAGAGGAUAUCACCGAGGGCGAUCAACGUCACAUGGGUACCUGGAUUCGAUGGCAACAGCCCCACCACGAAGUUCGUUGUUGAGAGACGAGUGGUACCUGAGAUGGGACCCAUUGCUGAUACUCUUUCUAAUUGGGUUGUUGAGGAUGACAAUGUGUCUGCGGUUGUCAGGUGGUGUUUGCUCCGAGACUUGAAAGCAGCGGCUGCUUAUCAGUUCCGGGUGACGGCGGUGAAUUUAGUGGGUGAGGGCCCACCCUCAGAGCCCAGCAACAUCGUGGCCCUUCCCCAGGAGCCACCCUCAGGUCCUCCAGUGGGUCUUGUAGGUUCUGCACGCUCGGAUUCGGAAAUAAUCACCCAGUGGCAGCCACCCCUGGAGGAGCACAGGAAUGGCCACAUCCUCGGGUACAUCCUGAGGUAUCGUCUGCAUGGGUAUUACAAUCAAAGCCCCUGGAUCACCCACAACAUCACCAACGAGGCCCAGAAGAACUACUUGAUAUCGGACCUCAUCACCUGGAAGGAUUACAUCGUGCAGAUUGCUGCGUACAAUGACAAGGGUGUGGGUGUAUUCACCGAGGGAUUGAUCAUUAAGACGAAGGAGGGAAGACCCGAGGCACCACCGACGAACGUCAGGGCAGAGGCCGUCAACUCGACGUCCAUCGGGGUCUGGUGGAAGCCCCCAAAUCCUCAGAAGAUCAAUGGCAUUAAUCAGGGUUACAAAAUUCAGGCGUGGACCGGUGGAAAUUUCACUGAUUCCAACGAAUUCAAAUCCCUGAAGGUGCCACCCAGUCUCUUCGAUCCUCUGGCCGAGCAGAGUGCAGUGAUCAGUGGUCUGAGGAAGUACACCAUCUACAAUAUCACGGUUCUCUGCUUCACAGACCCAGGAGAUGGUGAGAGAUCGACUCCCAUCGAAGUGAGAACCAGUGAGGACGUACCUGGAGAAGUGGAGAAUCUCCAGUUCGACGAUAUCAGCGAUCGAGCAUUGACUGUUCGCUGGAGUCCUCCCGGUGAGGUGAACGGUGUCCUCACGGGUUAUAAACUGACGUAUCAGAUCAAGGACAAUGUCGAUUCCCUUCGUGUCCUCAAUUUCUCAGCUGACGUAUUAUCCAGUAAAGUGGAGCACCUGCAGCCGACGACGCAUUAUCGUUUUGAGGUGACAGCUUGGACGUCGAGGGGUGCAGGAAGGCCCAGGGUGGCGACAAUUCAGUCUGGGGUGGAGCCAGUGCUACCAGAGCCACCACUCAAGCUCGCCCUCUCGAAUAUCGAUGCCUUUUCCGUUGUCCUCCAGUUCACUCCAGGCUUCGACGGCAAUUCAUCGAUCCUCACGUGGUCUGUCCAGGCCCAGACCCCCAGGAAUACCACCUGGUACACCAUCUUCGAGGUGUCAGACCCGGACGCCUCGACGAUCACCGUUGGAGGACUCAUUCCCUUCAUGCAGUACAAAUUGAGGCUCAUCGCUGUUAAUGUUGUGGGUGCCUCCAAGCCGUCAGAACCCACCAAGGAAUUCCAGACAAUUCAGGCACCGCCCUCUCAUCCUCCCAGGAACGUCACCGUCAGGGCAAUGAGUGCCACUGAGCUCAGGGUCCGGUGGAUACCACUACAGCAGAUCGAGUGGUAUGGCAAUCCCAGGGGGUACAACGUGACCUUCACCGAGGUCAGGACUAAUAAAUCCAAGAGCAUCGCCAUCGAGGAUCACACUGCCAAUUCGUACGUCCUGGAGGCAAUGGAGGAGUUUGCACUCUACGAGAUCGUCAUGCAGGCGUACAACGACGUGGGGUCAUCCCCAUCGAGUCCAAAAGCCAUCGAGAGAACUAGGGAAUCCGUUCCCUCCGUGGGCCCUUCCAAUGUCGAGGCUAAUGCCACUUCCUCGACGACGAUUUUAGUCAGGUGGGGUGAAAUUCCUGUUGUCCAUCAGAACGGACAGAUCGAGGGCUACAAGGUCUUCUACGGGGCCAGUGGUUCACCCUAUCAGUACAAAAACAUCCCCAGGAACACGACAUUCACCACAACUCUGACUGAACUCCGGAAAUUCGUUCAGUAUCACAUUCAGGUGCUGGGUUACACGAGAUUGGGGGAUGGGGCUCUGAGUGGUCCACCUGUCAGGGUUCAAACCUUCGAGGAUGUUCCUGGACCUCCGUCCAAUGUCUCAUUUCCUGAUGUAUCAUUCAGCACUGCCAGAAUCAUCUGGGAUACGCCUGAGGAUCCCAACGGUGAAAUUCUCGCCUACAAAGUCAUGUUUCAUUUGAAUAAUAGUCAGGAGAGGAUCUUCUCCAAGGAAUUCCCGGCGUCUGACCGGACAUUCCAGGCGCAUGACCUCGAGGCCGAGAGGUACUACAUGUUCUCGGUUGCUGCACAGACGAGAUUGGGAUGGGGUAAAACAGCAUCGGGUCUGGUUCUCACCACCAACAACCGGGAGAGGCCACAGCCACCCUCGAUGCCCCAGGUGAGUCGAUCCCAGGUUCAGAGCAGACAGAUCACUUUCUCGUGGACACCAGGACCCGAUGGUUUUGCACCUCUUCGUUAUUAUACAGUCCAGAAGAGCGAGAACUCCGGUCCUUUUCAGAUCAUCCCCGAGAGGGUCGACCCCACGUUGACGUCAUACACAGCCAAUAAUUUGAAGCCCUUCACCUAUUAUCAAUUUCGAAUCCAGGGGACCAAUGAUAUUGGUCCAUCCUCGUGGAGUGGUGAGUCUAUUCAGGUGCAGACACUGCCAGCAGCACCAGCCAGGGGUGUCACUGGACUCAGAGUUGUUCCCAUCACGACGACGAGUGUCGAGGUGCACUGGGAGGUGAUCGAGGAGGUGCACUGGAGUGGGGAUUACGAGACCGGUGGUUAUCGCGUUGUGUAUCAGCCAGUUUCGGAUUUUCCAACGGCCCUGGAGGCCACCCCCAAGCAGGAGAUCCUGGGGAUCAGACAGGGCAAAAUGGUACUGAGUGAUCUGAUGGAGGACAGGAAUUAUGAGAUCGUUGUCCUGCCAUUUAACUCCGAGGGCGAUGGACCAGCAAGUCCUCCAGUCACUGUUUACGUGGGUGAGGCUGUGCCGACGGGGGAGCCCCAGGGGGUCAGGGCACUCCCCAUAUCUGGGACUGAGGUGACGCUCCAGUGGAGACCACCUCUUGCCAAUAUGCAGAAUGGAGAUCUACUGGGGUACAAGAUAUUCUAUCUCGUCACUGAUUCACCCCAGGCACUCGAGAAGAAACAGGAGGAGGAGAUCGAGGUCGUACCUGCCUCCUACCUCAUCCACAAUCUCGUAUUCCUGGAUAAAUACACGGAGUACAGGAUUGAGGUGCUCGCUUUUAAUCCAGCUGGUGAUGGCCCAAGAUCACCCCCCAUCACUGUGAGAACGAAACAAGAUUUACCUGGUGCACCCAUGAAUCUCCAAUUCUCCGAGAUCACGAUGACGAGUAUGAGGGUCACCUGGGAUCCACCCAGGAUGAGGAAUGGCGAGAUCGUCGGGUAUAUCGUGACUUAUGAAACUGCUGAGCAGAAUGACAAGUUCAGUAAACAGGUCAAGCAGAAAGUAACCGAGGGGAGUCUCCUGGUGCAGCCCCUCGAGGAAGAGGUGACUUAUACCUUCAUGGUGAGGGCAUUGACCAUUGAUUUUGGUCCACCUGUUUCGGGGAAUGUCACCACUGGGCCCCAGGAGGGAUCACCCAUGGCACCCAGUAAACUCAGUGUCACCAAGACUCCGGUUUCCAGUGUUGACAUGCAGUGGGUGAAUGGAGCCUCGGGGAAGGGCCCCAUCCUCGGGUACUACAUCGAAACCAGGAGGAAAGCCAUCGAAGAUUGGCGGAAGUACGAGACUCGCUGGCAGACAAUCGUGAAGACGAGCAACGGCCCCUUGACGGACUACUCGGUGUCUUACCAGAACCUUCUGCCCUCCACUUCGUACCUCUUCAGGGUGAUAUCAUAUAAUCGAUACGGAAUAAGUUAUCCCGCUUAUUCUUCAGAGACAGUGGUAACCCCAUCGAAGCUCUACUUCGAGUACGCGUACCUCCAGUACAAGCCAUUCUACCGUCAGACGUGGUUCAUGGUGACCCUGGCAGCGACGUCGAUCGUCAUCAUCAUCAUGGUUGUGGCAGUGCUGUGCGUCAAGAGCAAAAGCUACAAGUACAAGCAGGAGGCGCAGAAGACACUGGAGGAGUCGAUGGCAAUGGACAUCGAUGACAGACAGGCAUCUGAUCUGUCUCUGUACAGGACGAGACCCUCAGGUGGUACCUUGAAUAUAGGCAGCGCCUGUGGUACACUCGGCAAGAGGAGCACCCUGGGAAGGAAGUCCAUUCAUCCACCACCACCUCCCAUGCAUGGAAAAUCACCACCAAGACCAUCACCAGCUUCUGUCGCUUAUCACAGCGAUGAGGAGAGUCUCAAGGGGUACGAUGAGAAUCCUGAUGACUCCAGUGUCACCGAGAAACCCUCGGAGAUCAGCUCCACUGACUCUCAGGGAUCAGAGAGUGAAAACGAGAGUGUCCAGUCGGAUCCCCACUCCUUCGUAAAUCACUACGCAAAUGUAAAUGACUCCCUCCGCCAAUCCUGGAAGCGACAGAAGCCUGUGAGGAAUUAUUCCUCGUACACAGACUCUGAGCCAGAAGGUAGUGCAGUUGUCAGUUUAAACGGUGGACAGAUCAUCAUGAACAACAUGGCGAGGUCCCGAGCACCUCUCCCCGGCUUCUCCUCAUUCGUAUGAUCCUCCUGACACCUGGAGCAACUUAUCAUUGUGAUAUACUAAUUGACAUUAACAAUUUAUUAAUUUAUAGACUCACUCAUCGAGAUCUCCGUAGCUUACGAAGGGAGAAGACAGUUUAGAUUAUAGAUAGUACAUAUUUUUGAGUGUCCUGGAGCUUUUCAUGAGCUCGUCAUGAGAUCCUGAAAUUACUGCAUUUAUCGCCUGUGCCACCACUUAUUUUUGGUUUUUUUGUGAGAUUUUCUCCUGCCAUCGCAUGUAAAUUUAGCUCUCAUACGUACAUUCUGGGGGAGAGAGGUAAAAUAAUUUCCUCUUUAUGCCAACGAUUCAUUCAUAAAUUGAUGUUCAUCAUCCGGACCUUUUGGAGAUCAAUUCAUAUUUUUUUUUAAUGGGUAUUCAUUUUCACCAUUUAAUUACACUUUUUGCUGGUGAAAUUAUCAGAGAUUUUACCCCUCUCUCCCCUGAUAUCGAAAACAAUCAUAUCGUUGGAGUAAGUACGUAAUCUUGUUUGUAAAGAUUAUUAGGGUCCGAGUGUCUGUAAAUAUUCCUAAC